AUGAAUUUUCAAGCCCAAGAGGAGUGCCUUUGCUUGGCUUUGCUCCUUUUCUGCCAGAAAAAUGAACCCUUCUUCAGAGUCAUUCAGAAAUUGGCUAAGGCGUAUGGGCCUGUAACUGGUUUCUAUUUGGGACCCUUUUUGCCUUUCAUUUCUGUGGACGGGAAAAAGGCUGUCAAAGAAGCUCUGCAUAAUAAUGACUUGAACGGCAGGCGGCCUGCCGCAGGCCGUCGGGUACACUCCUUAAAAGUAGAACAACACCGGAGAUUCACGUUACGCCAUUUACGUGACCUUGGGUAUGGAAAGACAUCGAUCGAGGAUCAGAUGAUGGACGAGAUUAGCGACCUAAUUUUGGAUAUUACCGAAGCUGCUAAAUCCGAUCCCGAUCACUUAUUGGAGGCAAAAGAUUUCAGCGAGACGACCCGGCGUUUAAACAACUUCGUCAUUCCUGUCCCGGCAUUUCUCGUUCGCCUGUUUCCUUCUCUACCUAGCCGCCUUGGUCUUAAGGACGAAUUGUUUGUUCCCAUUCAGCAGUUCAUCGAGGAAUCGAUUGACGAACAUGUUGCCACGAGAUCGAAAGGUGACGCCCCUCGUGAUUUCAUCGACGUCUACUUGGACGAAAUGGAGAAACAAUUGGAAAAUGAUUCGACUUUCACCAAAAAGCAGCUGAUUGCUUCGAUACAGGAUCUAUUCACUGCAGGCUCCGACACCUCGUCGGGGACGAUUGGUUUUGCGGUUCUUUCUAUGAUUAAUUAUCCAUCCAUCCGACAAAAGAUGCGUGAAGAACUAGAAAAUGUCUGUGGCGACUCUCUUCCGUCACUAGCACAUCGCGCUAGUUUGCCAUUAACCGUUGCGUUCAUUACGGAAGUCAUGAGAAUGUCUAGCGUAGCUCCGUUAGGUAUUCCCCACCUUGCCAUGAAAAAAACGCAACUUCUAGGAUUCACCAUACCCAAAGGAAAUCCAGAAAAUUUCCGACCAGAACGUCACCUUGAUGCCGAUGGAAAACUGGUCAAAAGCGAAGCCUUUACUCCUUUUGGCAUUGGGAAACGAAUUUGUCUGGGUGAGUCUCUGGCUCGAAACACGGUUUUUCUAUUCACCGCAGCCCUCGCCAAAACGUUCGAAUUCAAAUCUCUGCCAAACAAACCGCCGCCAUCAUUGGAACCCACAAUCGGAUUUGUUUCAGGGCCCCAACCUUUCAAAGCUGUCGUCAUUCCACGCGCUCUGUAAUAGUUCGACGAUGCAAGUUUCGGGCAAGUUUAAACACGGAGAGUAAAUCAAGGUAUAAAUCGACCGUAUUUUUAUUUUCAGAAAAGAAUUUUCUCUAUACUUUGGCUAGAGCUUUUGUUUGAAUCAUAAUACUAUACCCCCUUCCACUGGUACCAGUGGUACACAUUUCACAAUAUUAAUUUCUGCUUAAUUGGAAUAGCGGUUCGUAAACGCAAUUAGUAAAUAAGGCUUCUUUUUAUUAUUGCUUGGUGCGUUCUUGAAUGUAAUUUUUAAGGACUUUUUUUAUUUUGCCUUGGAUGAACAUUGACCUUGCUUUGUCAUCUAGUACGUUGAAGUACAUGGAACCAACGAAA